CAUGGGCCGUCUUGACGAAGUCAAAACACUUAGUUUGGCCGUUUCAGGUGAGGACCUCCUUCCUUAUCCAGGCGCGGUACCAGUCCAGUCCCCCUUUAAUUUCCCAUGUUCCCCCGCGUACUCAAGCCCCGCCCCCAGUUUCCCGGCCCCGCCCCGAAGUUUGAGGGGUGUGGAUGGUUUGUGACCCCCUCACCCUCCCUUACCCCUCUUGGGCCGGAAGAACUGGGUCUGGGAACUGUGGCGGGGAGUAGACAGCCCUUCGGCUCGGCUGGACCUACGGACCCCUCCCCAGCGUCGCGGGAAUAGGACCGCCCAAACGCGGAGCCUUCGCUUCAGAUAGGCAGGAUCGGGGACCCUUCCUCACCGCGCCAUCAAGGGUCGCUCACAGAUUGAGGAGAGAGCAAAGGCCUCCGCCGAGGGAGACCUGGGGUCUUGCCCGGCCCCUCCCACAAAAGUUCCCUGUGCCUGUGCCAGUCGUGUUUGCCUCUAUUCACCGCAGUUUUCUUUUCUGUAAGUCAGGGUUAAUGAUAUUAACCUUACCAUCAGGGGUUAGUUGUGAGAGUGAUAAAUGAUUGCUACUAUUUGUUACUGAACAAUUGCAAUGUGCUGGGCACUGUGCUAAGUAUUUUGCUUCGAUGAUCUCUCCUCAUCUUCAAAACGACCUUAUGAGUGUGGACCCAGUCAGCAACCAGGCCAUGGAGCUCUCUGAUGUCACCCUUAUUGAGGGAGUGGGUAAUGAGGUGACUGUGGUGGCAGGUGUGGUGGUGCUGAUUCUAGCCUUGGUCCUAGCUUGGCUUUCUACCUAUGUAGCAGACAGCGGUAGCAACCAGCUCCUGGGCACUAUUGUGUCAGCUGGCGACACAUCCGUCCUCCACCUGGGGCAUGUGGACCAUCUGGUGGCAGGCCAAGGCACCCCCGAGCCAACCGAACUCCCCCAUCCAUCAGAGGGUAGUGAUGAGAAGGCUGAAGAGGCUGGCGAAGGUGGGGGAGACUCCACAGGGGAGCCUGGAGCUGGGGGUGGUGUUGAGCCCAGCCUCGAGCAUCUGCUUGACAUCCAAGGCCUGCCCAAAAGACACGCAGGCCCAGGGAACGGCAGGCCAGAGGCGCCCCUGCGAUCCGAGGAGAGCAGCUGCCUCCCUUCCGGCCCCAGCCUCAUCAAUGUGCGGCUCAAGUUCCUCAAUGACACCGAGGAGCUGGCUGUGGCCAGGCCAGAGGAUACUGUGGGUGCUCUGAAGAGUAAAUACUUCCCUGGACAAGAGAGCCAGAUGAAGCUCAUCUACCAGGGCCGCCUGCUGCAGGACCCGGGCCGCACGCUGCGGUCCCUGAACAUCACGGACAACUGUGUGAUUCACUGCCACCGCUCGCCCCCGGGGUCAGCUGCUCCAGGCCCCUCCGCCGCCCUGGCCCCCUCCUCGGCCACUGAGCCACCGGGCCUGGGCGUCAGUGUGGGCAGCCUCAUGGUGCCUGUGUUCGUGGUGCUGUUGGGUGUGGUCUGGUACUUCCGCAUCAAUUACCGCCAGUUCUUCACGGCACCUGCCACUGUCUCCCUGGUGGGGGUCACUGUCUUCUUCAGCUUCCUAGUAUUUGGGAUGUACGGACGAUAAGGACCGUGGGGAGAAGACGCAAGGCCUGGUCUUCCUCCUUUAUGGCCUCCCCCCUUUCCCGGCCAGGGCUGGGCCCAAGGGCCUGGGAGGGAAGGGUGGGAAGGAUGCGGUGGGUCUUCGUCCACAGGACACGAGAGGCAGAUGUGGGGGCCUCCCCUUCACGUCCACGAGGGUGCGGACGUCCCCUCUGUGCAAGCACAACUCAGGUAGAAAUGAGAAUGUCAUCUUCCUUCACUUUCACGGUCCUGGAGUUCAGAGCCGAGCCGGUGGCCCUGCUCAGUGGGGAGCCUGGGCUCUGAGGACUCCCUCCCAGCUGCGGCCCUGGCUCUUCCCGUUAUCCUGCAUGUCUGCUCCUCAGCACCCCGGGCUGCCUGCCAGGGCAGCUCAGCAUGGCCCCAGCAUACUUGUGUAGGGAGCCCCGAGGCUCUUUCGGUUCCUUAGCGGCAUAUCCAUCUUGACACAUAGGAGCGAAGUGUGUGUCAGCUUUCCCUCUGGGCACCUGGCCGCCCCUGCCUUCUCCCUCCAGCCUGUAGCCGGAAUAGGGUGUUCUGUGUUCUGGACAGUUGCCAGUGUUCUCCCUUUUUUUCACAGCACUUUGCUUAUUAUUAUUUUUUUUUAAUAGUCCUUUAUAGAGCUCAGUCAGGAAGGGGAUUGGGGCACAAAGCCAAGCCCCCGGCACUGGGAGAGGCCGGGCCACAGCUGCUGCUCCCCUAGGCCUAAGGCUGUAAGCAAGAGGCAGCUCUGGCCCUCAGCCAGCGUCCUACCCUGCCCAGCUCCAAGGACGAGCUCUGGGUACGGAGCACUGGGCCCCAGGCCCUUGUCUCUGGGGCUCUUGGAUGGUCAGUAUCUGUGACUGAAUAAAGUUCCAUUUUGUGGC